UCUAAAUUCAAAAUGGCGUCUUUCAUGAGUCGUGCAGGGCUGUCUUUAUUUAAUCGUUCAACUGCUCUUUCUGCGAGACAGGCCAUUCCUCUGAGACAUGCUCCGAAUGUAAAGAAAAAAUCCAAACAGGGUAAAGACGUCAAGAAAAAGAAACCCAAGAUCGUAAUCCGCAAACCAUCAGAAAUCGUCCCUCCAAUUGAUCCAGAGGCCAUUCCGAACUUAGAACUGCGCGAGUCAUUUAGAAGACGAAGUCUUAACAAAAUAAGCGAAGAAGAAGAGGAAAAGAGAGUAUUACUACUUAAGGAGUGGUCUAGAUUUAAGAUGCAGCAGCACAAAGAAGAUUUACAGCGUAUUCAAGAGAUGACGAGGUGUCGUGAGGAAGCCUUGAAGGAACUGAAAAAGAGCUCAAUGUAUCUGUACCUAGAGGCCAUAAAAAUUGAUAAGACACUGUUUCCUUUGGAGUUUACUGGACCUACUGAAACUCCACCAAUUGCAGGUUAUUCAGCACCAGACUUGGAUCCAGAUGAAAAGAAAAAAUAGUCCAGUUGCUUACAUUCAUGUAAUUUGAUGUUACAGGCGCCAUGUUGGAGGAAAUUAACAAGAGUUUUCUUUAACGUUGUUUGUUGUUCUCUUCAAACAUGGUGGCCUUGCCUUUCGAUCUCUUGGGAUUAGGAAAUGAUUGCAUACUAAUGAUGGUGGUAGUGAAUGCUUUUGCCCUUUGGGGUGGGAUGAUUGGGGUUAAUAUAUUUAUACAGAUAAUAACCACUUUCUAAUGUCCAAUGCUGGAAAUAGUAAACGACAAGCACCACCACAUUUAUCCUCCAAGUAAAUGAUUUGUGCAAUACAAUAUUUUUAAUUAAAAAUUUCUCUUUACAA